AUGCUGACAGAAAGUAAUACCAUGGCUGAACUUUAUGGUAGUGGAUCAGAAGAAAUCUCUCCUGGAAAUACAUCGAGAGCUUCGUCAUCUGCAGAUCCAACGUUCGAGCGUUUCGAUUAUGACCUUGGAGGAGAGAAUAUUCAGGGCAAUAGCCCACUCAAUUACCUUGAAAUGCCCCUGGUAAAGAACAUAGACAGUUAUAUUACAUCAUCCCCCAAUGAGCCUAAUUCUGACAAAUCAUAG